UUCCCGACUCUCACAAAAACCUCAUUCACUGAGUGGAUGUCUUCACUUCCAUCUUUUGAAUCAAGAAGGCAAGGUGUCUAACGCUUACUUAGUGUCAGCUUGAACAAUUCAUUGCUGUGUAUACAAGAAUUCUGCUGGAUCUGGGACUCCUCUUGGAUUCACAGGAACGAAGGACAAGGAGGAUGGAGCUCUUCAUAUUGGUUCUACUAGCAGGGCUAGUGGGAACGACGUCUGCCAAUAACACAACAACAGAACCAAUGAACAUGACCUCACCAUUCGUCAACACGACUUCACUACCCGCCAACGAAACCUCAGCACCCGCCAACGAAACCUCAGCACCCGCCACUGCAACCUCACCACCCGCCAACGAAACCUCAGCACCCGCCACUGCAACCUCACCACCCGCCAACGAAACCUCGCCACCAGCCACCGCAACAUCGCCACCCCCCACCGCAACAUCGCCACCAGCCACCGCAACAUCGCCACCCCCCACCGCAACAUCGCCACCAGCCACUGAAACAUCACCACCUGCCACCGAAACAUCACCACCAGGCGCCACUACAACACCAAUGCCAGAUGGACCAUCAACAUCACCACAACCAGUCGUAACUACAACCACAACAGCGGCACCAGCACCUCCACCAGAGCCAAAAAUCAAUGUGGAAUUUAAGUUGGAACAAACUUUUACACAAGAACUUGCAGACACAAACUCACCAGCAUUCCAGACACUGAGUAACACAGUAUCCUCAGCACUCAACCAGGUUUAUUCAACAAAGUUUGGAUCUUCCUUCAAUCGAACUAUUGUCAAAGGCUUCAGGCAGGGAUCUGUUGUGGCAGAUGUUGACCUGGUAUUCAAUCAGGGAAACACAGUCCCAAAUGCCAGCGCAGCAGCUAAUACUUUGGUGGAGGCAGCUUCCAGCCCAAACUUUUCUCUGCCUGUCAACACAUCAUCUAUUUCUGCAUCUGUUGUGGAGACACCAACACAAGCCCCUGCUACAACAACUGUGCCAGUCAUCGGAACAUCACCACCCGCCACUGAAACAUCGCCACCAGUCACCGAAACCUCGCCACCCCACACCGCAACAUCGCCACCAGCCACCGCAACAUCACCACCCGCCACCGAAACAUCACCACCAGGCGCCACUACAACACCAAUGCCAGAUGGACCAUCAACAUCACCACAACCAGUCGUAACUACAACCACAACAGCGGCACCAGCACCUCCACCAGAGCCAAAAAUCAAUGUGGAAUUUAAGUUGGAACAAACUUUUACACAAGAACUUGCAGACACAACCUCACCAGCAUUCCAGACACUGAGUAACACAGUAUCCUCAGCACUCAACCAGGUUUAUUCAACAAAGUUUGGACCUUCCUUCAAUCGAACUAUUGUCAAAGGCUUCAGGCGGGGAUCUGUUGUGGCAGAUGUUGACCUGGUAUUCAAUCAGGGAAACACAGUCCCAAAUGCCAGCGCAGCAGCUAAUACUUUGGUGGAGGCAGCUUCCAACCCAAACUUUUCUCUGCCUGUCAACACAUCAUCUAUUUCUGCAUCUGUUGUGGAGACACCAACACAAGCUCCUGCUACAACAACUGUGCCAGUCAUCGGAACAUCACCACCAAUCAACGGAACAUCACCACCAGUCAUCGGAACAUCACCACCAAUCAACGGAACGUCACCACCAGUCAUGGGAACAUCACCACCAAUCAACGGAACGUCACCACCAGUCAUUGGAACAUCACCGCCAAUCAACGGAACGUCACCUACAGUCACUGGAACACCUAUGCAAAAUGGAACGUCAGCACCACCAGUCGUAAUUACUAGUGCUACAACUACAACUGCAACAGCUGCACCAACACCAGAGCCAACAAUUAGGCUGGGAUUUAGCUUGAAUGAGAAUUUCACACCAGACCUUGCAGACACAAACUCACCAGCAUUCCAGCAACUGAGCAGCAGAGUAUCCUCAGUACUCAACAGUGUCUAUUCAAAACGAUUUGGACCGUCUUUCCUUCGAGCUAUCAUCAGAAGGUUCAGACAAGGAUCCGUUGUGGUAGAUGCUGAGCUGACGUUCAGCAACGGGACAACAUUACCAAAUGCCAGUUCCGCGGCUGACACUUUAAGGGAGGCUGCUUCCAGCUCCAACUUUUCUCUCAGCGUUAACACAUCAUCUAUUUCUGCGGCUGUUGUCCAACCAAAUGAAGUCGCAACCUCAACCUCAACACCAAUGACUACACUUCCCUCAACAGACUCAUCACCAACCAACGCAACCUCACCAACAGCCAGCACAGACCCAUCACCAACCAACGCAACCUCGCCAACAGCCAGCACAGACCCAUCACCAACCAACGCAACCUCGCCAACAGCCAGCACAGACCCAACACCAGUGAAUGCAACAUCGCUGUCCACACCUGAUACUCCAACUACACCUGCCCCAUCACCGGAUUCAACGAUCUCACUGAGAUUCAGUUUGAUUCGAGUCUUUGUCACACAGUUAGCAGAUCCAAAUUCUCAAGAAUUCAAGGAUUUGGCAAACCAAGUAGCAGCUGCACUUAACGGUCUCUAUGGACGGAGAUUUGGAAGGCGUUUCCUUCGAGCUGUGAUCAGAUCUUUCCGUCAAGGUUCAGUUGUGGUCGAUUCCAAUCUGGUAUUUAAUAAUGCCAGCUCAGUACCAGAGACUACGGAUGUGACAGGUGCUCUGGCGGAAGCAGCAUCCAACGGUUCCCUUGGUCUUCCAGUGAAUACGUCAACCAUUGCUGCAACAAGAACAAUCACAAAUACAACUCCUGGGAUUAACAACACAGAUGCUACUAGUGCUAGUCCAUCAAUCACUCCAGGAACCACUGCGGCAACCACUGCAGCAACCACUGCAGCAACCACUGCAGGAACCACUGCAGCAACCACUACAGCAACCACUGCAGGAACCACUGCUGAAACCACUACAGCAACCACUGCAGCACCCACUACAACAACCACGGCAACAACCACUACAACUAUUACUACUGAAUCCACCACCACUGCAUCAACAGAUCCUCCCACAGGCAAUGAGGGAACCCUUGGCCUUACAUUUAGUCUCGACGAAACAUUUACGUCAGAUCUCUCCGACCCAACUUCAGCAGCAUUUAAGGCUUUGGCUAAUAGAGUGAUCGCAGCGAUAAACAGAGCAGCAAGAAAACUGUUUGGAUCAUCUUUCUUACGCUCCAUCAUCAACGGGUUCACGAGCGGAUCAGUGAGGGUCAACAUGACUCUGGUGUUCAGAGAUGCAAGCUCUGUUCCUUCAGCAAACAAUGCGACUUCACAAUUCAACAGCGAACUUACCGGCAGCUCUUCUACCCUGAACGUUAUUCCAGGCUCCGUUUCUGCACAGUCAACAUCAACAUCAGACAGUCCUCCUCGGACCACAGUUGCAUCACUGGCAUUCUUUACACUAAUACUGCUUGCUGUGGCACAGAUUCUGAUAGACUUGUCAGCCCCUUAAGGCACAUACACUGACUGGGGCAUCGCUAUCACUAUGUUAUCAAAAGUCGACAAAGCAAUGUACCAACAAAUUCGAUACAAAACAAAUAGUACAUUUUGAAAUUUACCAAGACAUUGUCAUGUGGUAAAAAGAUGUGUACUGUGUUUCAAAAAAUUAAAUAGAUUCUCAGUAUUUUCAAAAUUUGAUGGUACAAUCACUUGUGUUUUGAUUCCAUUUUAUUUAAAGAACUAAUCAUUAAGAUUGUAAAAUGGUUUUUAUAUUUUUUGGGCCUUUUGUAGCAGUUGCUAUUCAGUUUACUUGUUUUGUCUUUAUUGUUUUCAAGUGGCUUUGUUAACUUAUGAAAAAAAAAAGCCACAUAUGUUAAAGGAUAAUACACUAAAUAUUUAUUCCCAAUUAAAAGCAUCACAUGAUUCAGCAGAUAAAUUUACAUCCAAUGCAAAUGUUCGAAGUGAAUGAUGGAAGUGUGCAGUCAAUGUAGUAUGGUGCCAUAAGCUUGUGAGAAUGUGGAAGUGACAUGAUCUUGACACUGGAGACCAAUUAUUUGUAUUAUGUCUGAGACCAACCACCAAUGCUGAAGUUUUUAAACAUAUUUAAUCAUGAAGAACCAUAUAUCUCUGACCAUGUUGUCCCCAACACCACAACUGCCAUGUAAGAAUACUACAGAAAAAUACUGGCCAUUGAACAUAAUGUUGCGUUUUGCAGAUUUUGACAUAAUCAUCCAGUGUCAAGUGAACAGUAUGGCAAAUGGCAUGCUGAAUGCUAAAAGUGUCAAAGGACUGUUACCUGAUUUUGAAAGAUUGCUGAUUUUAACUGAGUAGUUUGAAUAGAAUACUGAUUCUUCUGUAUGUUUUCAAAAGGGGGAAUAAUAAAAUGUGCAUCUUUGUUAAUAA